CUGCAUGACGCCCAGAGCAUGCUGGACCGGGUAGGGUGGGUCUCUCAGGUUAGUCAGUUAUUUCCUGCUUUCGGACAACAAAUAAUAACCGCGUUUGUCGGUCUUUUCCCAUUACCGAUCGAACUUUCGAUGUCAAAUGCGGCUUAAUAGGCAAACAUAUCGUCCGUGAUCGCCAUGGGAACAUGCUGUAGUCGGCAGAAGUACGAAGAGGGCUCGAGCGAACUGCGCACCCAGCUGCAGGACAACCAAAAUGGUGUGGCCACCAGCGGGACAGGAUCCGCCAGCCCGCAAACUCCGUCCUCCCCUUCCACGGGACCCGGGCCUGGCACGGGAAUCAUAGACCUGCAGACGUCUGUUGGAACACAGAGCAAGAUCUUCGUGGCGUUGUACGAUUACGAUGCACGCACGGAGGAGGACUUGAGUUUUAAGAAGGGGGAUCACCUCGAGGUGAUCAACGACAGUACCGGGGACUGGUGGCUGGCCCGCACGCUGAAGCCUGCAGCACCAGGGGUGAGGAAGGAGGGAUACAUUCCGUCAAACUACGUCGCCAAAGUCAGGAGCAUCGAAGCAGAACCAUGGUACUUUGGGAAAAUCAAGCGAGUUGAAGCAGAGAAGAUGUUACUGAUGCCUCAAAAUGAGCAUGGGUCAUUCCUCAUAAGGGACAGUGAAAGCAGACGCAGUGACUUCUCUUUGUCAGUAAGAGAUGGUGACACAGUAAAACACUACAGGAUUCGCCAGCUGGACGAUGGAGGCUUCUUCAUUGCUCGGCGGUGCACCUUUAACACGUUAGCAGAGUUGGUAUCACAUUACUCAAAAGAUGCAGACGGGCUGUGUGUGAAUCUACGGAGACCUUGUGCAAUGAUUGAGAAACCAACAACAGCAGGUCUGUCCUACAACACAGUAGACCAGUGGGAGAUCCCCCGCUCCUCAUUGCAGAAGGUGCGUAAGUUGGGGUCUGGUCAGUUUGGUGAGGUUUGGGAAGGUCUGUGGAACAGCACCACUCCUGUAGCAAUCAAGAUGCUAAAAACAGGUACCAUGGACCCUGGAGAGUUCCUACAGGAGGCCAACAUCAUGAAGAAGCUGAGGCAUCCAAAGCUGGUCCAGCUGUAUGCAGUGUGUACGCUGGAGGAACCCAUCUACAUUGUCACUGAGCUGAUGAAAAAUGGCAGUCUCUUGGACUUCCUGCAUGGAAAGGGUAGGCAGUGUAAACUGCCACAGCUGAUAGACAUGGCAGCACAGAUCGCUUCCGGCAUGGCCUACCUGGAGUCCCAGAACUACAUCCACAGAGACCUGGCAGCAAGAAACAUACUGGUGGGGGAGAACAACAUCGUCAAAAUUGCAGAUUUUGGGCUGGCCAGAUUAGUGAAGGAUGACGAGUAUUCCGCCAGAGUAGGCGCCAAGUUCCCUAUCAAGUGGACUGCCCCAGAAGCAGCAAACUACAACAGAUUCACUAUCAAGUCUGAUGUCUGGUCCUUCGGUAUCCUGCUCACAGAACUGAUCACGUAUGGUAGAGUUCCCUAUCCAGGAAUGACGAAUGCAGAAGUGCUUCACCAGGUGGAGCAUGGCUACAGAAUGCCGUGUCCCCAGGGCUGUCAGGACACCCUGUACCAGAUCAUGCUGGAGUGCUGGAAGAAAGACGAGUGGGAGCGACCCACCUUCGAAACCCUGCAGUGGAAACUUGAAGACUUCUUCCAGCUGGAUUCAACACAGUAUCACGAUGCUGCCGCCAUUAAUUGAUAUCGGUGUAGGGUUAGCUCUAGGACCAAGUUGUAUCCAGUCACAGAGAUUUUUAUAGCAGUUAGACCAUAGGUUAUGCUCCUCUUCUCUUAGAAUAUCCUUGAAAUGGAUGUUACCUUUUAUAUGAAGCCACUACAAUCUUUCAGCUUUUAAACAGACAAAAGAUAUGUUUGUGCCAAUUCUGCUGUGACCAUAUGAUUGGGGUUGUGAUCAUGUGAUACUCAAUCAUUCAAUGCCAACAUCUUUUAAAGCUUUUGUAAGGAAAAGCCAAGUCCAUGUUGAUUGCACAAUAGAGAGGUAAGGGGUUUUUUCUGCUAUGGAACACAUGUGUUUCAAACAGCCUUUCUUUGGGACAGUGCUCUAUCUAGGCUAGGUAUGUUUUUACUUGUAGAUAUGUUUUUUCAUGAGAUUAUGAAGGAUAGUGGUAAAUCAAAGAAAAGCUAAUAUCAUAUUACUGAGUAGUGCUUUUUCUGUUACUGUUAGUACAACGGAUACUCAGCCAAUCAACCAGACCCAUGUUACUUCAUGCAGGACAGGUCUUCCCUCUGGUAUUAUACCAGGUCUAUUAAUGCUGUUAACAAUAGGUUGUACAACUAAAUAUGAUUUAUAUAUUGUUACUGCCUCAUUGAUUUUAUUCAGAGGUGUGAUGACAGUUUAUCAGAGAACUGCAGCUUUAACUUCUACCUUUCCUCUACACCUGGUGGUAUUUCAUGAAAACUUUUCUUCUAGUCAUACAGAUGUGUUUUAGCUAGGUUUGAAUUUUGUGACUUGAAUCAGCAAAGAACAUGUGGUAUCAGGACCUAUGUGUAGAGACAUGGGUCCCAACGGACCAUAACACAAUGUAGCAUAUCCAGAAGGGCUGCUGGUAGAACUUAAGCUAGUUCUUCAAACUUACACUUGCUCACUUGAAAACCGUGUGAAUACAUUUUGAACAUACUAUAACAUGUCAAUCUGUAGUUGUUACUGUCUUUAUGUAAUGUUGCUCUUCCACUAGCCCUUUUGAAAGUCACAAGGAUUCAAACCUUAGAAAUUUUAUAUCCUCCACGAAUCUCAAGUGAGAUGUAUGAUAUUACCUGUGCUCUCACAUAGAGAGGUUCAUGAACCAUAUGUGAUUGUUGAUAAAUCUACCCUGUAGAAAAGACCCAGGAUGUAAGUCCUCAUAUUUUGUAUGUCUGUUCUUGAACUUUCUCGAGAUCCUUUUAUGCAAUGUUGACGUAGUGAUGAAAAGGCCAAGGCCUUUUUUGUACCUUUGUAGCCAAACUGAGAUGAACAAUGACAAAACUGGGUACCAAUAGGAUAAUUUUUUUCUUCUUUUUAAGGUACAUUUUGGGCUAAGCUGUAGAAUGAAGUAUCUCUGUUAUGGCUGACUGUAUAUAAUAUAUAUAACUACAGCUACAUGUAACGUUAAUCCCUCGCUCUACAUGUAAUCAGUGUUUAUAUACAUGUAGUAUAAUAUCAAUGUUGAUAAUGUGUGAAGUUCUUGUACAUUUUGACACAGUGUAGUUUUGUUUUAUCAGAGUAUUUGUAUAAUUUAAUCCUUAGUUUAAUUAAUCCAUGAACAAUAAUGUUAUGCAAUGUUUCCAAACUUGUAGCGGAAGGUAGUAAAAGGGCUUGUUUACAAUGAUAGUUCAAAACUAGCAACAAUUGCAAACCAUUGCAGUAUAAAGGCCUGAAUACCAUUCACAAUGUACAGUUUGAUCAGUCUACUAUUAUGUUUUUGGACACAGAUUUUGUGUUUUUUAACAUCCUAUAUAAACAGUUACAAUGCAAGUGCCUUUUGUUUAUAAUUAGGUAUUGAUGUAUGGAUGUAUUUUUUGGCAUUUGCUAUUUUGAAUUACAUAGUGGAUUUUAAUUGGUACAGGUACAGGACAGCAGUUUCUUUGAAAGGUAUGUACAAUGUAAGCAAAAUAAAUAUUGCGUACAAAUCAGUUGGUCUUUUGGUCAGCUGUUACUUGGGAGAUAUUGCAGCAGGGUCCACAUCAAUAUAAUCACUUUUCUCUCA